CUUGUUCUUCCACAUUUUUUUCAAUUUUUGACCAGGUUGAUUUUUACUAAAGUUUUUCGAUUUUUUCAAUAAAACUAAACAUGGCCAUGUCUCCUGAAGUUCAAGAACGUUUAGAAAUCGUAUACGAUAUUGCCAAGACUACCUUCCACUGGGGUUUCGUACCAAUGGUCUUGUAUUUGGGUUUCAAGAAAGGAGCUGAACACGGUAUGCCACCAUUGUCGUUGAUGAGUUUAUUGUGGCAAUAAAUAUUUACUAUGUAAGAAGCUGCCAUUAAUUAUUAAAAAUAUGUAAAUUUUAUAUUAAUUGUUUUUGUUUAAGUCUGUUUAUUAUAAUAUACUACAAUAUGCAAAAAUAGUUAAACAAA